AGUCCAGCAGGAAGUAUUCUUAAAAAAACAACAGCUUUAUUAAGAUCUAUUCACAUACCAUUCAAUUCACCCAUUUAAAAUGUACUAUUCAAUGGUUUUUAGUAUAUUCACAGAUAUGUGCAACCAUCACCAAAGUCAACUUUAAACAUUUUCAUCACUUAAAAAGAAGCUCCAUACUCAUUAGCUAUCAUCCUGCAACCCCUUAUUCCUCUAUCCCCCCAACCAAUCCAAUUUUUAUUUAUUUACUUUUAAUAGAUGAAUCGGGGGCUUCCCUGAUGGGCAGAUCAAGCAGGCUGUAGCCUGACCAAGAGAAAAAGAUUCCAAAAGGCACAUAGGGUUUCAGUUCACAGGGACAGAAACUCUUCUCCUGCUUGCAAUCCUUACCUCCCAGUGUCUGCCCCAUUAGCAGUAGCCUCCUCUUUACUUUUUAGAAAAUGAACAUGAAUUUAGGAUAUUCUGAGUGCCCGGCACUAUGCUAAGUGCUUUCAUAUACCUUUUAUCUUGAAAUCUUUCCAAAAACUCUAUCAAGUAGUCAUUACCUCCCAUUUCACAAAUGGUGAACUGAAACUCAGUUUCCGAAUCGUGCCUGAGGCCACACAGCUGCAGUUAGAACCCAGCUAUCUGACUCCAAAGCCCAUAUUUCCACUUCAUCAGACUUCGUCGAUUGCCUGUUUUCCCAGCCCUUCACCUGCACACGGCUUCUCCCACAUACAUCGUAUCUGACCAGCCUCCCAAGUGGGUGAUCCAGAAGAUGACAGCCUACUCUCUUGGCCAAACCCUAUAUCCCUGGGAUUUUCUUUUCCUUCAACAACCAGUCCAAGUGCCCGCUCUUUCCCCGGACUCCUCAGCCCUAUAACAGACCAGCCUCACAGCAGGGAGAACGCUGGGUUGGUAUCCAGCAGGUGCUGAAUUAGUAUCUGUGGCCUGUCAUCUCGUUGGUUUGCCUCUCUCCUGUCUUACGCACCUGUACUGUGACCUGGUCUUAGGCAUCCAAAUGUCUCCAGCGCCCAGCUCUGAGCCAGGCACAUAAAAUAUGAAGGAACUGAUUGAUCAAACUAAGAGUCCCUGGAUGGGUCAGGGAUCUCGGCCCCGGACAGGAUACCUUCGGGCCAACAAGGGAAGGUACAGACUGGCGACUGCGGUAAGCUCAUCGGUGCCCAGCAGGUGGCGCCGCACACCGGAGGCCGGCCCUUCCCGUCGCGUGGUCGGCCGCGGCGCGGGCACGCAGCCCCUCCUCCUUCCGCUGAGGCAGCCCCGCCUUCCCGCAAGGCCUGACGCAAACGCGGGGCUCGGCCCCGCGCCGCAGCCCGCUCCCCGCCGCUGUGACCGCUAUGGGGUUUGCCGGGACCUGCGCGCGUGGCUGGGGUACAGCCGCUAAGAUGGCCCGGAGGCGCCACCGCGCGGAGGGAGCGGCAAGUCCGCCGACUCAGGGGUUCAGUGGCCAGCGCGCGGCGCUUUACGUCCACGUAAGUGGGGAGGGGGCGCCACGUGGCCGCCUGUCACGCUGGGAACCCACCUGCCAUCCUCCCCACCCCCACACGAGGUCUGGGAGUGGGCGCGGUGCUCUGACAAGGAAAUGUCUUGAUAGGGAGACCUGAAGCCUCGGUGACCCUGACCAAGUAAUUUCUCUUCUGAACUUGGGCAUAAUGUUUCCAGUGCGAAUAGUUUGUGGCUUAGAUGGUGUAGCGACUGUUGACGGACCUCGGAAUGGGGUGUCUGGGACUGAAGCUGGCAGUGGCAGGGCCGCCCGGGGUCACCCGUCGGCCCGCUCAUACACCCCCUGCCCCCAGUGGCCGUACUGCGAGAAACGCUGCAGUUACUGCAACUUCAACAAGUACAUCCCCCGCGGCGUAGAGGAGGCUACCCUGCGGAGCUGUCUGGUGACUGAGGCUCAGACUCUGCUGCGGCUCAGCGGGGUGCGGCGGGUGGAAUCUGUGUUCUUUGGUGGGGGCACCCCCAGUCUGGCCAGUCCCCACACUGUGGCUGCUGUUCUGGAGGCAGUGGCCCAGGCAGCCCAUCUCCCUGCAGACUCGGAAGUCACAUUGGAGGCCAACCCCACUUCGGCCUCAGGCCCCAGGCUGGCAGCUUUUGGGGCAGCAGGAAUCAACAGGUUAUCCAUUGGCAUCCAGUCCCUGGAUGAUACUGAGCUGCAUUUGCUGGGGCAGACACACUCAGCCAAUGAUGCUCUGCAGACACUGGCAGAGGCCCGGCACCUCUUCCCUGGGCGUGUGUCUGUGGACCUGAUGCUGGGGUUGCCAGCACAGCAGGUGGGGCCGUGGCUCUGGCAGCUGCAGGAACUGCUGCACCACUGUGAUGACCACAUGUCCCUCUACCAGCUGUCCCUCGAGCGGGGCACUGCGCUCUUCACUGGGGUGCAGCAAGGAGUCCUUCCUGCCCCUGACCCUGAGCUCGCUACUGAGAUGUACCAAGAAGGACGGGCAGUUCUUCGGGAGGCUGGCUUCCGCCAGUAUGAGGUCUCCAACUUUGCCCGGAAUGGGGCGCUCAGUACCCACAAUUGGACUUACUGGCAGUGUGGUCAGUACCUUGGCGUUGGGCCUGGGGCCCAUGGGCGAUUUACACCCCAGGGGGCCGGGGGCCACACCCGGGAGGCUCGGAUCCAGACGCUGGAGCCUGACAACUGGAUGAAGGAGGUGAUGCUGUUUGGUCACGGCACCCGGAAGCGCGUGCCCCUGGGCGAGCUAGAGCAGCUGGAGGAAGUUUUAGCCAUGGGGCUACGCACAGAUGUGGGGAUCACUCACCAGCACUGGCAGCAGUUUGAGCCCCAGCUGACUCUUUGGGACAUAUUUGGAGCCAACGAGGAGGUGAAGGCACUGCUGGAGCAGGACCUAUUGUUGCUGGACCACAGGGGUCUUCGGUGUUCCUGGGAGGGUCUGGCUGUGCUAGACUGUCUGUUGCUGACUCUUCUGCCUCGACUCCAAGAGGCCUGGCAGCAGAGAUCCCCCUCCCCUGGGCCAGGAGGAUGACCAAAUGUCCCUGUCUCCCAGGACAAUGCCAGAAAUGGUCACCCAGUUUUAUUUAAACAGUCUAAUAAGCCCUGUGGAAUCAGCCUUGACUGUGGACCCCUCCUUUGUCUGGAAGCCUUCCCUGGAGUAUGGAAUCUGGAUUUGCAGAUGAGAGGCUUGGUCUAGGGCUGAAAUUCCUUCCCCCACUCCUUACAUUUCAUUUUGAAAGAUUUUUAAACAUACAGAAAAGUUGAAAGAAUAGUUCACUGUAAACCAUAUAACCUUCAUUGCAGGGUGUCCAUAAAGUCUGGAAAUAGGAAGUAUUCAUAAUGUCAUCAAGGACGUCUUCAACCCGUAAAAAAAUAAAAUAGCCAUGUUUCCAGACUUUGUGCUCACCCCUAUAGAGUUACCAGUUGCUAAGUCUGGUCACCUUUACUUAAUCUUCAGCUAGCUAGCUAAUUUCUUUCUUUCCUUUUCUUCUCUUCUCUUUUUCUUUGCUGUACCAUUUGAAGAAACUCACAGACAGCACGCAUUUUAGCUUGUAUCUCUUAGGAAAAAGAAUGUUUUCCUAUAUAGCCACACCACCUUCAUCAACCUAAGAAAAUUUACAUUAAUGCAGUAAUGUGCAAUCCACUUUCAAAUUUCUCCAGAUGUCUCUAAAACACCUUAAAGCUUUUUGGGGGCUUGGGGGAAGACACAGAUUCCAAUGAAAUUUUAUGCUUUACUUUUGACUAUUAUGCCUCUUUGGCCUCUUUUUUAAAAGCCUCCUUCCUUUUGUUUAUUUUUCAUGACACUCAAUUUUUCAGAGUGAAGGCAUUUUUCUUACAGCAUAUCCCACAUUCUGGGUGUGACUGUUUCCUAAUGAUCGGGUUUGGAUUAAAUAUUUUUGGCAAGGAAACGUAUAGAUGUUGUGUAGCUCAAGGUAUGUAAUGCCAGGUUGGCCCACUAUUGGAAUAAUACUGAUUUUGAUGACAUGGUUAAUGUGGUAGAUGUCCAGUCUGUCCAUUGUACAGGUUCAUUAUUUCCCUGGAAAUUAAUAGAUUAUCUGCAGGGUGAUAACCUUGAGACCAAAUGCAUGCCCUGGGUCCUAACAAUCAUUUGCCCAGUGAUUUUAGCAUUCAUCAAUGAGCCUUGCUUAAGUCAGUGAUUAGUUUGGGAGUUGCAAAAUAGUAAUUUCUGACUCUCAUUCCAUCUACGUUCAUUACCUUGCAUUCAUCCAUAAAAAACAGCUUUCCCUUUUUUUUGAAGGCCUGAUACUUUUACCCUAAAAACUGUAUGUAUGUGUGUAUGUGUGUGGUGUGUGGUGUGCAUGUGUGUGCGUGUGUGCGUGUGUGUGCGUGUGUGUGCUUGUUCUCAUAGAGAGAGAGAAGGGGGCAUUUUCCUUAUAGUAUGAAAGGGUACCAUGGUGCCAAAAGGGAUUUAGUACCGCUGCAAAUCAGGGCAUGCUAAGCUCAGCCUCCAGCUGGGUGACUUUGGAUUUUCUCCACCCAUCAGAGGUGAGCAUGUGCAUUUGCUGUGUGCCUAGUGGGUGUCAAUACCAGUCCUUCUCUGACCCUGUGAUAACACAGUAAGUGUUACUACCUGCCCUUUAUUCAUGAAAUAUUCAGCAAGCACUAGUGAAGUGCCAGGCACUGUGCCAGGCCCACAGAGAGGAGUAAGACCUGACCCAGCCCUCGAGGAACUGCCAUGUUGAUAGAUGUGUAAAGAGAUAAAUUACAGGGUUAUCAGUAAAGAUGGGCAGGCACGUUGCAGAAGCCUACGGUGUAUUUGGUUCUUAGAGGCUGGGGGCAAGAAAGGAGGAGUACCCUUUUCCUACUACCUCCUCUGGCCCUGGGGUGGCGUGCAGGGUGGCCGGUGCUGCCUGGAGGAGCCUCUUCCUGAGCCUUCCCCUGGUCUUGAUAUUCAAGAAGUCAGCACAGGGCCAGGGCAGAUGCACCAUCAGAUAGCCUGGGCCUACUCAGGUUUCUCCCAUCUGCCAGAGCUCGCACCACCUGAGAGGCCUGGGCCCUCUCUGCUGGGCCUCCUCACAAGGCCUGUCAGAGGAGCUGGACAGGAGCCAGAGCCAGGUAGGGGUGGCACAGAUCACCUCCUGUGACUCAGCCUGGUCCCACCCUUACAAGGUGAAUCAGAAUCUCCAGGAGGUGGAGCCCAGGAAUCUAGUUUUUAAAUGCUUCCUAAACAUUCCUAAUGAUCUGGCCAGUUUGGGAAGCCCUGUCAUCUCCUACCUUCCAUCCUGAUAGGCUGGGGGGCAGGAGGAACAAGGGGGACAUGGCUGCUUCCAGACAUGACAGAGUGGAGUGAGGUCCUUCCCUCUGCAUCCUGGGCCCUCCCCAGCUCGUCCAUCAGAGGGGUCCUCCUCCUCCUCCUCCAUAUGGAGACUUUGGUUGUCAUCUUUUCACCCGCCCUACUGAAAAGGACACAAACAUAAAUGGAAGGGAUGCACAGAUACUGUGGUGAUGAGUGAUGGGAGGGGCUGGGGAGAAGUAAUAUGUGUAAGUGUGUGGUUACAGUCUGAAGGGCCAAACCUUCCUAGUGCAAGAGCACAAUUUUAAAGCCCUCCAAUUAAGCCACCCCACCCAACCAACUACGGCUGACCCUUGAACAACACGGAUUUGAACUGCACAGAUCCGCUUACAUACAGAUUGCUUUCAAGAAAUACACUGGAAAAUUUUUUGAAGAUUUGCCACAACUUGAAAAACAUUUUCUUUUUUCUAACUUGCUUUAUUGUGAGAGUACAGUAUAUAAUACAUAUAACAUUACAAAAUAUGUGUUAAUUGACUGUUUAUGUUACUGGUAAGGCUUCUGGUCAAUAGUAGGCAAUUAGUCAUUAAGCUUUAGGGGAGUCAAAAGUUUUUUGUGGAUUUUUGUGCCCAGGAUCAGCACCUCUAACCAGGCCUUUUUAAAGGUCAGCUAUAAUGUGAAGUAGGCAUGGCAGCUAUUUUAAUUUCCAUUUUACAUAUGGAAGCAAAGAGAUUCUUGACUCACAUUAUAUAUAUAUAGUAAGUAGCAGACCUGGCAUAACACUUCUGGACAUCCAGAACUUACUGUUACAUUGUCAUUUUAUAUUUAUAGAUCCUGGUUGAUUAAGCUGUCUCUUAAAUUAGGCAAAUCCCUGACUUCUGUCUGGCCUCUACCUCAGGCUUGAAGCCAUCCUUUCUGCCUGGUGCUGGGUAGCGUGCACUCAGUGCCUGUAUUUUCCCUC